CUUGGGGCCUGGAGCCCGGGGACCCGGGGAGCGGACCGAAUGGCAGGGCGGAGAGAGGGUCGCCCCGGCCCCGCUAGGUUCCGCCCCUGAGCCCUCCCGCCCGCCUCCUUUUUAAGCGCCUCCCGCCCAGCCUUGGCUCCCGCUCGCUGCGCUCCCUCCUUCCCCGCGUUUCUUAUCUGCCCGGCUCCGCUCGGUUCUCGCGGCCACCCCGCAGCCCCCGCCCAGGUGCCAUGGCCGCUGUGUACCGCCCCGGCCUGCGGCUUCACUGGCCUGCGCUGAGCCCCUGGGGCUGGUCAUCAUGGCGCAGCAUCCAGACCCUGCGAGUACUCAGUGGAGAUCUGGGCCAGCUGCCUGCUGGGGUGCGAGACUUUGUGGAGCGCAGUGCCCGCCUGUGCCGACCGGAGGGCAUCCACAUCUGUGAUGGCACCGAGGCUGAGAACACUGCCACGCUGACCCUCCUGGAAAAGCAGGGACUUAUACGAAAGCUCCCCAAGUACAACAACUGCUGGCUGGCCCGCACAGACCCCAAGGAUGUGGCACGAGUAGAGAGCAAGACGGUCAUUGUAACUCCUUCUCAACGGGACACAGUGCCCCUCCCCGCUGGUGGGGCCCGUGGGCAACUAGGCAACUGGAUGUCCCCAGCUGACUUCCAGCAAGCUGUGGAUGAGAGGUUUCCGGGCUGCAUGCAGGGCCGAACCAUGUACGUGCUUCCGUUCAGCAUGGGUCCCGUGGGCUCUCCACUGUCCCGCAUCGGAGUGCAGCUCACUGACUCGGCCUAUGUGGUAGCAAGCAUGCGUAUUAUGACCCGGCUGGGGACACCCGUACUUCAGGCCCUGGGAGAUGGCGACUUUGUCAAGUGUCUGCACUCUGUGGGCCACCCCCUGACUGGGCAAGGGGAGCCAGUGAACCAGUGGCCGUGCAACCCAGAGAAAACCCUGAUUGGCCACGUGCCUGACCAGCGGGAGAUCAUCUCCUUCGGCAGCGGCUAUGGUGGCAACUCCUUGCUGGGCAAGAAGUGCUUUGCCCUUCGCAUCGCCUCUCGGCUGGCCCGGGAUGAGGGCUGGCUGGCCGAGCACAUGCUGAUCCUGGGUAUCACCAACCCCGCGGGGAAGAAGCGCUACGUGGCAGCCGCCUUCCCCAGUGCCUGCGGCAAGACUAACCUGGCCAUGAUGCGGCCAGCACUGCCGGGCUGGAAAGUGGAGUGUGUGGGGGAUGACAUCGCCUGGAUGAGGUUUGACAGUGAUGGUCGACUCCGGGCCAUCAACCCUGAGAAUGGCUUCUUUGGGGUGGCCCCUGGCACCUCAGCCACCACCAAUCCCAACGCCAUGGCCACAAUCCAGAGUAACACUCUAUUCACCAAUGUGGCUGAGACCAGCGAUGGUGGAGUGUACUGGGAGGGCAUUGACCAGCCUCUUCCGCCCGGUGUCACCGUGACCUCCUGGCUGGGCAAACCUUGGAAACCUGGAGACAAGGAGCCCUGUGCACAUCCCAACUCUCGCUUUUGUGCCCCGGCUCGCCAGUGCCCCAUCAUGGACCCAGCCUGGGAGGCCCCCGAGGGUGUCCCCAUUGAUGCCAUCAUCUUUGGAGGCCGCAGACCCAAAGGAGUGCCCCUGGUGUACGAGGCCUUCAGCUGGCGCCACGGGGUGUUUGUGGGCAGUGCCAUGCGCUCUGAGUCCACUGCUGCGGCUGAACACAAAGGAAAGAUCAUCAUGCAUGACCCAUUUGCCAUGCGACCCUUUUUUGGCUACAACUUUGGGUGCUACCUAGAACACUGGCUGAGCAUGGAGGAGCGCAAGGGGGCCCGGCUGCCCCGCAUUUUCCAUGUCAACUGGUUCCGGCGGGACGAGGCGGGCCGCUUCCUGUGGCCAGGCUUUGGAGAGAAUGCUCGGGUGCUAGACUGGAUCUGCCGGCGGCUAGAGGGAGAGGACAGUGCCCGAGAGACGCCCAUCGGGCUGGUGCCGAAGGAAGGCGCCUUGGAUCUCAGCGGCCUGGGAGCCAUAGACACCACCCAGCUUUUCUCGCUCCCCAAGGACUUCUGGGAACAGGAGGUUCGAGACAUUCGGAGCUACCUGACAGAGCAAGUCAAUCAAGAUCUACCCAAAGAGGUGUUGGCUGAACUGGAGGCCCUGGAGGGACGUGUGCGCAGAAUGUGACCUGAGGCUCCAGGCCAGCAAGAGAGCACAGCACCCCCAUCCCAUCCCACCCCCCAUCUAGAGAUAGGAGAGCCACCAGGCUUGCAGAAAAUAUGAGAGAUUUGAUAUAACUGACAUUUGUGUGCCAUGAGACCAGGCCACAGACCUUCUCCGACACUCUGUCCAAUAAGAGAUGCUCAUUUAUUUUCCACAACUUUCGUGCUGUUUUCAUUCCCGCCUGCCUCCAUGGGCUUCUAACACCAAUUUCACAGUCUUCUUGCAGCCCUCCAGGUAGCCAGCGCCCCAGUGCAGCCUGGCCUGGUACAGCCUGGUGGUAGCCAGGAUCUCACUCUCAGACAGCUCUGCCACUGAGCUGUAGAAAUAGGAAUUUCUGGGAGAAGGCACAUCGACUCUGUGUCCUGAGGUCUUAAAAAGAUGGGGGUCUCUGCGAGCUGCUCAGUAUAGCUUCCAGGCCUAAAAUUCCUGAUCUCCCACUUGGAGACGCAGAAGCAUCUAGAACCCCAUUCCCCAGUGAAGCAAUUCCAUUGUCAGUUGUCAAACCUGUUCUUCCUCCUGCCUGACCUGAAAUUGGGACUCUCAAAGCAUUCAUGAAAGCUUAUUCAAUAUUAAGACAGCUAACCCUUUUAUAGUGUCUUCUGUGUGCCAGCUACUGUUCUGAGCAGGUUACAAAACAACGCUCCAUAUUACAGAUGCCAUAUUACAGAUGAAGAAACAAAGGCACAAAGAGGUCAAGUAAUUGCCCAAGCCCACAGAGCAAACAGUCGAGCCAAGGGUAAAUAGUAACUGCAUAGACAUCUCUCAUAGCAGCAUAGACUUGUAGAACUAUAAGGACUUUAUAUGUGCCCUAUUCCACGCUUCUCAAACUUCCAAGUGCAUACGAAUCACCUGGGGAUCUUGACAAAAUGCUCAUUCAGCAAAUCUGGAGUGGCUGGAAGAUUCUGUUUCUCUUACAAGCUCCUAAUUGAUGCUGACGCUGCUGGUCUGGGGACCCUAGUUUAAGUGGCAAGGGCUUGGCCUAAAUCCUCAGAAGUCAGCUUUAGAGGGAAAUCCCAGAGAGCGAUGAUCCUUCAUAAAUCAGGCGUUAUCGACUGAGGGAGAGCUUCACCUCUGAUCCGAAUCAGGCUGAAUGAAUACAUAGACUGAGGUUGGUAAGAUGGAAGUCUGUACCCAGUCUGUGUUGAAACACGUAAGACGGAAUUACUGGGAAUUGCCUCAAAAGAAAACACUGGAGGAGGAAACACCAAGUGUUUCAUAGAGAACAGCCAAUAACCAGCUACAACAGGAGGGCAGAAAAGAAUCUAAGGUCGGAGUGGAUCAAGUGCUAAAACACAGUGAGCAAUGGAGUCUGUUACACCUAACACGAUAUAGCCAAAUCCUCAGCUUCAUGAACAUACUCGAUAACUGAGACUAGGAUCAGAAGCAGCAUAACACGGAUUCUAGGCGCACAGCAGA